AUGGAAGAUAAAAGAGAUUUAAAAUGGGAGGAAUUUGAAAGAGUGGAUAUGAGAGUUGGAACAAUAAUCCAAGUUGAUGAUUUCCCAGAAGCAAGAAAACCUGCCUACCAAUUAACCAUUGAUUUUGGUGAAACCAUUGGAAUUCGUAAAUCCUCGGCACAAAUUACAAAGAGAUAUAAUAAAGAAGAUUUAGUAAAUCGUCAAAUUGUUGCCGUUGUAAAUUUUCCAAAGAAACAAAUUGGUAGAAAAUUUAUGUCUGAAUGUUUAGUAUUAGGUGCAUUAGGUAAAGAAGAAGGAGAUGUAAUUUUAUUAUCACCAGAUUCAAAAAUUGAAAAUGGUUUAAAAAUUAGUUAA